AAAGGACAAAAGAACGAAAAAGAACAACAAUUGAAUACUGCAAAAUUCAAAGCAUCAUCACAGAAACCACCACCACCUCUCUUACACAAACCACCACCUGUUGAUCACCACCAUUAAAUUAUCUCUCACGCACAUAUUCAUGAUCUUCAUCACAACCAUUUUUCAAUUAUUAUUAUUUCCUCUCAAACCCAAAUCCAUCAUCUUUUCAAAAUGGGCCAAAACAACCCAAAUCCCCAUCAUCAUGGCCUAAUCAUCGGCAACUACUGUCACGACAUCUUGUUCAAAGACAACCUUGUACUAGCCGAAACCUUAGGCGGCGCUGUCUCCUUCAUUUCACGUGUCCUCGACAACCUUAACAUCUCCGCUGAUUACAUUUCAAAAGUUGGUAACGAUUUCGACUACUUUAAUAUAACCAAUAUUCACCCCCCAAUUAUAUCUUCUUGUUCUAAAACUACUGUUUUCCAUGCUUAUUUUUUAUCUGACGACCCGUUAGAGAUCCGUCGCGAAGACCGGGUUCUCAAACGGGUCGUCUCGGGUGACCCGAUUCACCCAUCUGAUUUCGGUAAUAAUGAAAAUUGUAGUUUUUUAUUUGGAAUAGCUGCCGGGGUAGCCGGAGAAGUGACGUCAGAAAGUUUGGAAAAAAUGCUUGAUAUUUGUGAUAUAGUUAUUGUAGAUAUACAAGCACUAAUAAGAAAAUUCGACGAAAUGGAUGGAACAGUAAAAUUAGUUAGUUUAAAAGAAAGUGGUUUUUAUCAUUUAGUUAAACGAAUCGGGUUCUUAAAAGCUUCGGCUGAAGAAGCGCCGUAUAUGGAUAUUGAGGAAGUGAGGAAAAAUUGUUGUGUAGUUGUGACUAGUGGAAAAGAUGGGUGUAGUUUGUAUUGGAAAGAUGGGGAGAUGCAAAUUGAACCGUUUAGAACGGUUCAAGUUGACCCGACUGGGGCAGGGGAUAGUUUUUUGGGUGGGUUGGUUGCUGGGUUAGUUGAAGGGCUUUCGGUCCCUGAUGCAGCUUUGGUUGGGAACUUUUUUGGGUCGUUGACGGUUGGGCAAAUUGGGUUGCCUGAAUUUGAUUCGAGGUUAAUGCAGAAAGUGAAGGAAGAGUUACAGAGGAGGAAAAUUCAGUGCAGUGGGCAUGACGAGGAAUCAAAGUAUACAAAGCCGAGGGGUCAUGAACAGUUUAUUGCAUCACUGCAUUCUGCUAGAAUAGCAACAGCACUAACAAUUUCUCCUAACAUAGCAGAUCAAACUCUUGAUCCUGACUCUGGGUAUGCUAGUCGGCAGAUGUUGUUUCUUAAAAAUAGUCUCUAUGAAGAACCAAUCAAGUCAACUGACGUUAAGCCUUGACUUCCGAACCCCCUUUAACUAUUAUCUAAUGAACAGAAUUGUAUCUAUGAAUAAUGAAGUCUCACGAUGGUUGUAGCUGGAAUUUUAUGGUUCA